CGCGGCGCGCGGCCCCCUGGGAGUUGUAGUCCGGAACGGCCAGUGGCCCGGCCGCACUCCCCCGCGGGCAGCGACGCCGCAAUGCUGGUGGCGGCGGCCGCCGAGCGGAACAAGGAGCCCAUCCUGCGCGUGCUGCAGCAGUACGUGGACCCGGCCCAGCGCGGCCUCCGCGUGCUCGAGGUGGCCUCGGGCUCCGGCCAGCACGCCGCCCACUUCGCGCGGGCCUUCCCCCACGCCGAGUGGCAGCCGUCCGAUGUGGACCAGCGCUGCCUGGACAGCAUCGCAGCCACCGCUCAGGCCGAGGGGCUGGCCAACGUGAAGGCCCCGCUGUUUCUGGACGUGACCUGGCCCUGGGAGCAGUGGGGCGGGAUCCCACCGCGCUCGCUGGACUUGCUGCUCUGCAUCAACAUGGCGCACAUCAGCCCCCUGAGCUGCACCAAGGGGCUCUUCCAGGCCGCGGGUCACCUGCUCAAGCCCAAGGCGCUGCUGGUCACCUACGGGCCCUAUGCUGUCAACGGGAAGAUCUGGCCUCAGAGCAACGUGGAUUUCGACCUGAGUCUCAGAUGCAGGUCUGCAGGGGGGGAGGGGAGGCUGCUGGCGAUCGCCCCGCUGACCGCUGCCCUCUCCCCACAGGAACCCAGAGUGGGGGCUGCGGGACACGGCCCUCCUGGAGGCCUUGGGCCAGGCCAGCGGCCUUCUCCUGGAGCGGAUGGUGGACAUGCCGGCCAACAACAAGUGUCUGAUUUUCCGGAAAGAGUGACCGGCCCUCUCGCCUGGCUGGUCCCCACUCGGCCCCCCCUGGCACCGGCCGGGACCACCAGCCUCUGUCUCUCUGGGCCGCUGGCCUGGCCCGGCCUGGGGGCUUCCCGGUGGGCGGCCACGGGGCUGCGGGGAGCCUGAGAAUAAAGCCACUGCCCAGC